UAAGUGAGUAAUUUUUAUGACAGUAAAAAACAAUUCAGAAAAAUAAAUCUAUGCAAUCAUUACGCAAAACAAAUUGCCGGUCAAAAUAAUAAGUGUAUUUGCUAAUCUUUUGAGAAAAUGUUUGCAAAAUACAGUAAAUCAAAAACCCUGCUAGAUGUGGCUCUUCUCCGGCAAUGUCAGCUAUCGAUGUUCCCUUGGGACUGAUAAACCCAGCUCCAGUGAAAGUGCCCUACAGCUCCUCGAUGUUGUGCUAGGCAUGACGUCAACCUUGCCGCCGCCACCGCACUAUGCAGCGGCAGCAUCGACUGCACGGCCCCCAAUCCCGACGGGAUCCUUGAGGAGAGUGAGAAAUUGGAGUGGAAGAUGGAAAAGAUGGAUGAAUUUACAUGGCGGCCGCCGGAGUGGAGAGAUGAAUGUUUUUUGGUCGAUUAGCAUUUUAGGUUGGGGACAAAGUUUUUUCCUCGGAGAGAAAAUAAAAAAUAAAAAAACUGAUAGUAAAAUCAGCUGUUUCCGAUCAAAUGAAUUCUCGUAAAAUCAGCUGUAAUUCCCGAUUGUCGUACUGUUGAGUGUUGACCUCUUCCACAACCACCACCACCACCAGAUUGUUGGGGCCGCCGACCACCUUAGGCUGGUUUUACUUGUUUGCCCCUAUGAAUAGUAUAAGGUCGACUUGGGCUUUUAUUCUGGGUAGUGGGUUCUGUUUGUGGGCUUUCUCCAAAUUUACCCAUAUCUAG